UUUCUAGAUAUUGCUUAUAUACGCUCCUUACAAUUUGCUGUUCUUUCUCAGUUCAUUUUGGUCUUUCUUAGGAUUACUUCUUUAUAAAAGACAGCUGAUCCCAAACGCAUUGUAUAAAAUAUGUCAAAUAGCCAUGGGUUACUCGCAAUAGAAAGAACCAAAGAUCUUCUUCCUCUAGAUAUAAAAUAUGUUCCGGAAUUAUUCCUCAAAAAUAUUCAGAAAGUUCCAAAUGAAAUUUCUAAGAACGCUCUGCAAGAGCUGAAAGAAUGUUUAAAAGGUCGUAAAGAAUCGAAAGCUGUUGAAUUUGAAAAUGAUUUCCUAAACGUUUUUCUGCAAAGAAAUAAUUAUAAUGUCAAAGAAGCAUUCAGAAUGAUUCUAUGUUAUCUCGAUUUAAGGAAGAAACACAGUUAUUUGUAUCAGCGAAUUGAAAUUGACUUUACAACGAUCCCAUCAGGCCAAUAUGCGGCAUUGUUACCCCAUCGACAUCCAGAUGGCUCUGCUAUUCUACUCUAUGAACUGGGUAAAUGGAAUCCCGACGAACUAUCUUUUGAAGAUUUCAAGAGAAUUUCUCGUCUGAUUUGUUAUCAGGAACUGCGAAAUCCAGUAACACAAGUAACUGGGUUCCGUAUUAUUCACGAUUUUGCCAAUACAGGGUAUCAGCAUCUCAAGUACUGCACCCCAAUGAACAUGUAUCUUUUGUACCAUGCAUCAUUUGAAUGUGUACCCGGAAAAUAUUUACAAGUUCACUUUAUUAACACAAAUUUUGUGUUAACAACUCUUCUGACCUGCAGCAAACCUUUCAUGAUAGAAAGCAUAAGGAAAAUGCUGUACUUCCAUUCAUCUGUUGAAGAGUUAUUCGAGUACUUUCCUCGUUCUGCCCUGCCAGUUAAGUAUGGAGGAACUUUAAGGGAUUAUUACAUGGCUGACUACAUGAAAAAAGCGAAUGAAGACCAAGGUGAUUUCCCAGCAGGUGGUCUUAAGAACUUGUUCUAAUUCUCUUGGUAGUACAUACGAUAUAAAGCUGCAA